AUGGUUCCCUAUGAUGAACCCAUAUACGGUUUCUCCGGGGAGAAGGUCUCAAUUCGCGGGUACAUUGACCUCCAUACCGUCUUUCGUGAUGGCACUCAAACCAAAACAAUCCCUAUCUGUUUCCUUGUCGUAGACACGCCUACAUCAUACAAUGUACUUCUCGGUCGACCAUCCCUCAACACUCUCGGCGUAGUCGUAUCUACACCUCAUCUAGCCAUGAAAUUUCCCUCCCCAUCUAGAGACAUCCUUACCAUCCACGGCGACCAACGGCUCGCGCGCGAAUGCUACAUGGCUAGUCUACGACCACAACUACCCAUUCUUCAAACAAAGAACAUUGAACGUCCACCUGACUUUCACAUAGCCUUAUCUGGAGAUGAUUUGGACCCUAGACGUGCAAUACUCACAUCUACCCUCAUCAGCAACACCGACCUCUUUGCCUGGUCUGUCGCUGACUUACCCGGCGUUGACCCUCAAGUCGCGGUCCACAAACUUUCCAUUUACAAAGAAGCCAGAUAUGUCUCUCAGAAAAAACGGAAGCUUGGUGAAGAACGUCGAAUAGCAACAAAGAUCGAAGCCAACAAGUUACUUAACAUAGCUUUCAUCGAAGAAGCCCACUACACCACCUGGUUCUCCAACGUAGUUCUGGUAAAAAGGCUAACGGGCUGCCCCAGGGACGCCUACCUCUUGCCCAAUAUCGACCGGCUAGUUGACGGUGUCGCCGACAACAAGGUCCUCACUAUCCUAGAUGCAUAUUCCGGAUACAAUCAGAUCCCAAUGGCCACAACUGAUAUGAACAAGACCGCCUUCAUCACAGACGACGCCAACUACCUUUAUAAAGUCAUGUCGUUCGGUCUCAAAAACGCAUGA